GUAUAAGGCUGCGGUCGGGAAGACGCUAGAAAUGCUUCGAAGCAUUACAUUAACCAAUCAGAAUAAAGAAAUCUUUGCUCUUUUUGUCCUGAUUGGUCAAUCAAAUACUUCGAAGCAUUUCUAGGAUGCGUUCCGUUUCACGCGAUUGAGCGAUUUGAGCGCAUAGAUCGCUUGAAAAGCGAGGAACACACAUAGCCAUAAGCAUAAAGAAAUUGAUUGGUCCACAAACAUAUGUCUAACGAAAUGAACCAAUCAAUUUCCUUAUGCGCUUAUGCAAAAGUAUAUUUCCCCGCUAAAAUCUAUAGUUCACGUGACAUAUAUUAUAGAUUUCGAACGAUCUAUCGCUCUAUGCGUGAAACGGAACGCAACCCUAGCAUUUUACCGACCGCAGCCUAAAAUAAAUAAAAAAAAAUUAUGUAUGUUAAAAAUUAAUCAAUAAAAAUAUAAUUAUAAAUGUUUGUAUUAUGCAUUUUCCUGAAAUUUCAAAGCACUUAGACACUGAUGUUAUGAUGAACGUAGAAGAAGACAACGAUAUUGUGUUGAGUUACCACAAUUAUGUGGUGAGAUCAUCGGAUGCUGCGUUAUUGGAGAAAAAUGACACAUGGCUCAACGACAUUGUGAUAGGAUUUUAUUUUGAAUAUUUGGAUCAACAAUAUAAAAAGGAUAAUAAGAAACAGUUAUUAUUUAUUGAUCCUGGAGUGACUCAGUUAUUAAAGAUGCAAAGCCCUUUGCAGUAUAAUGUAUUUCUUGAUCCUAUUGAAGCGACAAGUUAUGAUUUUAUAUUUUUUCCUUUAAAUGACUGCGAUGGAAAUGAGCCAGGUGGCUCACAUUGGAGUUUGUUGAUAUACUCUCGUAAAGAUGAGAUGUGUUAUCACUAUGAUUCAUCAAAUAGUAUUAAUAAAUCUAUAGCAGAAAAAUUUGCUAAAAAUUUAAUCAAAUAUUUUCUUAAUAAGAAAGAAAGAAGAUAUAUUGAAAUGGAUUGUCCACAACAAAAUAAUGGCUUUGAUUGUGGUUUAUUUGUCUUAUGUUUAGCAGAUUUAAUAUCAAGACAUAUUCUGAAAGGUUUAAAAAUAAGCAAUUGUGAUUAUAGUGCAGUUACAGAAAUGGUCUCAAAAAAGCGUAUGGAAUUAUUAGGAUUGAUUCAGGAUUUAAGAAAUAUACAUGAUGAUAAGUAACAAUUGCUAUUAAUUUUUAAAAUAUAAUUAAGGGUUGCGCAACCUGGAAAAAUAUUGACAAAAAAAUUUUACUAAAUUAAAAAAGAAACAUAAGGCCAUAAAUUGAGAGAUGGUAAAAAUUACGCUUUGACUUGCCAGUUAAUGCGAAUGCUAGGUCAAUUUCUCUUCUCAUAAGUUCAAGAAUUUCGCUAGCACCUUUUUCGCCAUCAUACGUCAAACCCCACAGCAUCGGUCGGCCGAAAAAUACCUGAGAAGAAAGGAUGCAAUCAAUAAAAGCGCAAAUUGUUGUAUUUGUCAUUCUAUAAAUUUGUCAUACCAUUUUUGCGCCUAAUGCCAAGGCUUUUAAUACAUCGACACCUUGAGUCACUCCGCCGUCCAUGUAGACUUCGAUUUGAUCUCCCACGGCUUUACUUAUUUCAGAAUUAUAAACCGACCGUUGCUGGAACGCUAUCUAUUUGACGUGCACCAUGAUUCGAAACAAUAAUACCGUCGACCCCAUUUUCCACGGCCAAACGCGCAUCUUCUGCCGUUAGAAUUCCUUUAAGAAUUAUCGGUAGUAUAGUGGUUCUACAACAAGUGGACUAGAAUACUAUUUAUACUCUGCUCAACAUAAUUAAAUAUGAAAAUGUGAAGAGAUCUAAUAUCCCAAAUAUGUCAAGAUGAAAACAUUUUCA